UGGUUUAAUUUUUGUAUAAUUAAUUUAAUUUUUUUUUGUCAUCGUAUGAAAUAUUCAUGAACUCAUAAAUUUAGAUGAGUUACCAGUUUUGAAAGCAAAGCUGUUGUGUGUUGAUCUAUAGUCAAGCAUGUCUUUUCAAGUUAAAAAUGAUUCGCAGCAGAAUUGCAGAAAUUGUUCUUUUUGUGGCGGAUAUAAAAUUGCUAGUUUUGGCCAUAGGCAAUCGGAAUUGCACCAAAAAAAUGUUGCUAAGAAGUUGAAAACAAUUGCUUUUCAUAUCUCCGAAAAGAAAACAAAACGUAUGAAGGUUCAUGAUACAGGUUGGCCAAAUAAGGAUGAUAAGCGUUUUUGUCACUUUUGUAAUGACAGCUACUUGGACCAUGGUGUUAGAGAAGAUUUUAUGAUUGAAUCUCUUGGGGCUAUGUAUCAUCACUGCAGUUCUCCCCAUCUUCAAGCAGUAAAAAGAUUUUUAAAAGAAAACAAAAGAAAAGAGAAGUUUGAGAAAUAUGUGUAUUCGAGUGAGGAUUUAAACAGAUUUUUAGAAAAUGCCUCUGAAGAAAUAAAAAGGUACUUAAAAAAGAUGGACAUAAUAAAUGAUAUGGUAGUCAAGCAGAUUAAAGAUGUCGAGUGUUCAAGAAAAGAACUUUUAAUGGAUAAAAAGGUCUCUCUUGCUAGUACAAGUGAUGUUACUCACCGAAGUCAUGAAGGUGUACUAUAUCAAGAUAACUUAAGGAAAGUGCCUUACAAACCACAGGGUCAAGUCAAAAUACCUCCCUGGCUUACUGAAGAAAAAUUAGAUGAAACAGUUGCUCUUACUGACAGUACCCAAGGCUCUUCUACUUCAUUAGCUUUUAAAGGAAAAUCAUUUUGUGUGACCUCACCAGUUGAGCCUUCUUUAGAUACUUUAUUAAAACACAUUCACAAGGAGCAAAAGAAAGGAUUACCAGACAAAAGAAUUAAAGCUAAUAUAAAGAAUUUAGCUGUUAAGAGUUCUAAAUGGAAACCUGUUUUUCACGGAAUAUGGAGUAAAAGUCGGCAUUCUGCUCAGAAAAAACAUAAGUUACCAUCCGUCCCAUGGCAGUAAAUUUUGUCUAAGUAAAAAUAAAUCUUGUAUAUCAUGUAUUAAAGUUUGUAUCAUAAAUAGCGAUGGCAAAAAGUGCAAUUUGGCUAGACUGCCGAAUUUCAAAGCUUUGGCCAGCUAAGUGCCAAAGCUUCAGCUGCUGUACAUAUUUAUCAUUGAAUGCACAAUAACAGUUA